AAUCAUAUGAAAACAUUAAAAAUACGAGAGUCCUUCUUUUCCUUUUUUCGUUCUUCUGUUUGCGAAAAACUGUACAGGAACAGCAACGACAAAAAAACCAACACCACUUUUGAGCCACAUUCCAUUCCCUUCUCUCGACGUCUUUUUGUUUUCCGUACCAUCACUAUACAGUACAGUAUUGAGUGGGACAACCGGGGGGGCAAAUGCUAAAUCGAGAGUAAGUCUCGCGUUGGGAGAUCAUGAACGCAUGGUGUGAUGUCUCGGAUAUAUUUGGGACCUUCGCCUGAACAAAGUGCCCCCCUGGCCAUGAAUAACAUAGUCACAAGGUACCUACACAAGGGGAACGAUAUAUUGCAAGUGUAUCAUGAUUGAUGAAAUGAUUGAGGGGCGAAGAUGAAGCCAUGUAGUACUCGAACCAAAAAAACAAAACAAAACAAAAUUCAAUUCUAUUUGCCCAGCUGGAAUGUCAACAUGACCAUGACUACCGCAAGCAGCACAAAAUACUCUGACCUGUUGUUUUCGUAAAUUCAUGAGAAAGCUCCAGAGAAGAGAGAAACCAAGACCUGCUUGUUUUUCUUCUUUUUCCAUUUGAACUUGCCUUACCUUGUCUUGUUUGGUUGUGGUCUGAUCGUCCUGGUCUUCUUCAAGACGACAGGAACAGUUGCCGUCGUAUCUCGCUCGCAUGUGACUUACCUUGUCGCCGUUUCCAACGAUCAUCUUCAUCUUCGAGUCGAGUUCGAAUCCACUCCGACUUUCGGAUUCUUCUUCAACUUCCGAGGUCGGGGUUUUGGGACCGUGACAAGUCUUGCCUCUGUCACUGGUCGUUCCAUACUCGAUCGAAUCGCGUUCAUGAUCCCAGGCGAGUCAUAAUAUCGAGAAGGCCGACUUGACGAAGCAAGGCCAGGGCCAUUUGAACGUGACGUGGAAUCUCGAAGUGGUGUUGACAACGACGACGACGGCAGCAACUCGACCCGCGACGACGUAGAGUGAAAUCCCUUACCUCUGAUUCCCUCCUCUUGUCCUUGGAGAUCAACAUGUCGAUUGCGGUCUCUCAAGGCAUUGCGUGACGACUCGGCGCCACGCGCCCAUCUUUUCUCCUCCUUUGGAGUCUUGUUGGACGACGACGACGACGACGACCGAAGUCCGACCCCCUUUGCGAAAGCCUUGACCAUUGACGACACCUUUCUCAUGGCCGUACAAACCUUUGCCGUUUUGGACUCGACCUCGAACUUUUCCGUGUACUCACCGCCAUGUGAAGGGUGGAUGCUGUCUUGAGCCUGUUCAGAGUACGGAUCGGGUUCCUCGUAGAACCUACUCACCGGCUGAUAACGGGCUGUGACUGCCGGUCGAGGUUGCUGAAUCCUGACUUGACCUUUUGAUCCCCGAGUCGGUUCGACGACCCGUAGUGAAGCAUACUGUCGUCCUCCGAAUGAUAUAGGAGUGCUCAUUGAUCCAUCAGAGGUCGACGUCCUCGACGGUGGGCGCACGAUAGGACGUGAGGAGAACGACGUACCUUGUAGACCGAUCCCGUUGAUCUGUCCCGCCGUGGGCAUCUUUUCCAUCUCCCCUUUCCCCAGACCUUUCGCCCUCGACGGUGCGCCAUCGUCGCGAUCUUGUCCAAUCGACGAGUGACGGGCCUCGACGAUGUCGUAGAACCCAGGAAAACUCUCACGCAACAUCGACAAGGACAGAGCAACUUCCUCCCUCGACACCCCCGGUGGUCGAGGGGGCUGCUUGGUCCUGGAUCUGCCUCUGCGUCGGUCCGGGUCUUCUCCUCUCAGAUUGGUCGACGCCUCCUGCCGAUGCAGGAACCCCAUACCGAAUUCCGCCUCGAACCUCAGCGCCGUGGCGAUGCCCUGUUUCGCUCUCGCCACCACUUUACGCCGCAGCAACUGCUUGGGCCCGGCGUCCUUGGGCGACGUGGCUGUUCCGUCACCGGCGGUGGGCUCGUCGAGGCGGACCGCCUUCCCCGCGUUGCCCAAUCCGCGCUGCCGGCGAAAGGCCUGCCCGGCGGCCAUGGCGCGUGAAAGGUCGACCUUGGUGCGCGUCAGGUCUUGACCGGUCUUGAUGUGGCCCGUCUCCGGGCUGAUUCGAGAAAACAAGGAGUUGAAGUGCUGCUCGACCGUGAGGGUGGGCCAGUCGUUGACCGGGCGGCGAUGCAGAGCGUCGAGGAGGAGCAAACGAGCACCGAUCAGGGUGUUGGCCGCGUCGCCAAAGGCGGGGAAUCGUUCGUUGACUUCGCCGGUCCGGGGGCGACCGGUGGUCGCGGGCUCCGCCCGAGCGGGACGCGGCCGCGGAGGCGGAAGAGAAGAGAUGUGCGUUUCCGGCGGUGUCCAAGUGACGUCCGACGAGUCAUCGUACGAGUCCAAAGGCGGCGAUGACGAGGCUGGACGAUCUGGAAGGGGGCGAGGAGAAGGCGGUUCAGUUGAGGUUCUGACGAAGUCGGGUUCGGGAUCGAUGGUAAAUGAACGCACCGAUGAGAUCUGUGGAGGUAUGCCGGCUUCUAGAGCGCUGGCACCAUUGAGGUCAUUGGGAUUUCCUGGUUCAGGCAUGGUGAUGGCACAAUCUGGAAAGUCGAUCAGUAUCGUUGACGAGUAUUGAACCAGGUGAAGCCCCGUGAGCGAGAGGCGUAUGGAAUGUAAGAAUAAAUCAGAAUACGAGAGAGAGAGAAAAAAAGGUCAUCUCAUGGACUGGUUAUUAGUCGUGUUCCUGGAUCACUCAUGGGCAGAAUCGGGACAAAGAGGAUUACAUCUCAACAAAGGACUCGGUGCUUUAUCAAGUGUCCGGCCAUUGUCAAUGCUUUGACACAGACUCGAUAAAGACACAAUCCCAUAGACACGAUCCCUUUGUCUCGAUUCGCGCGGAAGAAGAACAAAAGUUGGAUGAGUCGUAUUCGACUAUCUACAGAGCUUGCUCUAUCGCGUGAAAUAAUUCUGCUCUGGUUUUGAGCUGACUCUUGAUGCCAUGACUAGUCUGAAUCCCAUAAUACCUUGAAGCGACGAAAGAAAACCACCUGCAUAUCUACUCUAACACAUGCAUUCGACUGCCCAUAGUUGAACUCCGUCCUUCAUGUGGCGCAUAUCGACUGGAAUUCUCGGGGUAUCAUGAUCGUGUACUCGUACAAUAAAAACAAUCGUGGUGCUGAAAACAAUAGGCCGUGGUCGAAAAAAGUACUCAUCGAAAAGAGUUGUGAUGGGCAAUGGGCCACAGCAGGUAGCUCCUUGCAGUUGAUUGAUCGUGGAAAGCUCUUGAGUUUGUCGGUGUGAGGAUGCGAAGGAAUAGAAGCAAGCCAGUAUCGCAGAGUGGAACAGGCAAUUUCAUCCUCCAACAUGGUUGCAGAGGACCAGCGGAACCCAUCUACAAUCAUAGUUGGUUGAGGCCGAAGAGAUAACCGAGUUCUCUCACUCCAAGUCUCGCGACAUCUUUUCCUGCAGACUCAUCAAGAGCCGUCUCAACCAAAUUGCGCUUUUUCUCUUGCAGGGCCAAGAUACGAUCCUCGACAGUGAAUCCUCCAGGUGUAGGUUCACUCUCUGAAUCUUCCCCUUCGCCAAUCAAGACUCGGUGAACCGUCACGUCGCGCUUCUGUCCAAUUCGAUAACAGCGGUCUGCUGCUUGGAAUUCAACAAAUGGGUUCCAGAAAGGAUCCAUCAUGAUCACAUGAUUUGCGGCUGUAAGGUUCAAUCCUGCAUUGCCCGCCUAUACCAAUGUUAGCUUGGUCAUGAGUGGUCGAAAGAGCCGUUUGUACUGACCUUGAGACUGAUGAGUAUAAUCUUGCAAUCAGGAUUCUCCGUGAAUGUCAACACUGCGUUGUUUCGAUCAUUGGAAGACAUGCUUCCAUCGUAGCGAACGUAACGGCGAAAGUCUUGGUGAUCAUACAGCGGGACUUCAAGGAGAUCCAGGAAUGAAGUGAAGUUUGAAAAAAUGAUUGUCUUUUCAUUCUCACCACGGUCUCUGAUCUCUUCGAGUAGCUGCACAGUUCGUUC